AUGUUUCCCAGUCCAGUGACUUCAACGCCUUUCUCUGUUAAGGAUAUCUUAAAACUGGAUCAUCAGAACUCCUACCAUGUUCUGAGCCAACAAGGAUUUAUGAUGCCAGACCAGGACUCAGCGUAUCUGCAGCAGGUCAACAAUGCGCUGUGCAGGCUGGACUUUUUCGACAGCCAGGAGAGCUUGUGCGUCUCUGGGGAGCAGGUGAAAGGCAUCUGUGAUUCGGACGUUGACAUCCUGAGGGGCAGUUUCAUUUCAACAGAAGAUGAGGUGAAUGAGGACCCAGGUAGGUCUAUGUGCAGUCUUGACGAAUCGCUCGGCUGUGACGAACAAAUUGAGAAAAUAGGAACGGCAAAAUCAAGAUUGCGCAGAAAGCCCCGAGUGCUGUUCACUCAGACACAGGUGUUUGAAUUGGAGAGGCGCUUCAAACAGCAGAGGUACCUCUCUGCGCCCGAGCGCGAUCAUCUUGCCAACAUUCUGAAGCUAACUUCCACUCAGGUCAAAAUAUGGUUUCAAAACAGAAGGUACAAGUGCAAGAGACAAAGACAAGACAAAUCUUUGGAAAUGGCAAGUUACCCGCCGCCACCAAGGCGGGUGGCGGUGCCCGUGUUGGUCCGAGAUGGCAAGCCUUGCAUGGGUGGGUCUUCUUCACCAUACAAAAUGACAAUUGGCUCCUACAAUCCUUACCUUGUAUAUGGAAAAAACUCAAAGAACUGCAACAAGGCGCGCUGUUAA